GGAAUUAUCUACUCUCCAUUACUCAUUCUGGAAUUUAACAUUUUCAAACAUGUCAGCGCCCUUGGCCACCUUUUCUGCUUAAAUAGAAAUGUUUAUAUUAACGUUAAAUAUUGAUGUUCUGUUAGUAUUUAAAUCAUGGCAGACGCGAAAUUUUGCUUUGCGGUUCUGAUGUUAUGCUUGAAAUUUCAAUUUGUGAGAAAUUUGGAAGAAAACUUGGCUUCCAAAAUGCGAGCCGAGCGAAUGGAAAGAAUGAGAUGCGGUUAUGAAUUGAAGAAACUUUGGACAGCUGAGCUAGCCCAUGCACCAUUUGCUGCGGCUCCCCUCGUAACCUAUGUAAAUGAUGAUCAAAAUUUGGAUAUAGUGGUUGCCCCAUUUAGUGAAAGCUUUUCUGUAAUUGAUUCAGAAAAUGGCAGGAUAUUACAGAAGACUGCCUGGCCUGCUCUUAACCUGGAUAACUCUAUACAUGCAAGUCCAAUUCAGUUUGAUGUAGAUAAUGAUGGGCUGUUGGACAUUCUCUUUACAACAUCAUCAGCUGAGUUAAGAUUUUACACACCAAAUGGACACUUUCUAAGAAAUAAAACAAUUCAGCUUCCCCAAGCUUUUGUAGCAGAUGACUGGUAUAAAUCUGAACUCAUUGUGAAGAUGGAAGACAUAAAGAAAUUUACCUCACUAACACAACAAAAAGACACCAAUUUUCUGCCUGUGGAUCCUCAUGUUUUGUCUACGCCUGUGCUUGCUGAUAUAAACAAUGACAAAAAAGUAGAGGAACUAGUGAUCCCUGUGUCUUAUUUCUAUGAAGAAGAUGACUAUAGGGUGGAUGAAAAGUUACAGAGACUGGGGGGUUUGAACUUUUCAGACAUCGACAAGUUUUUAGUGUCUGGAAUAACUGUGAUGAAUUUGACCUCUGGGGAAACUCUAUGGAAUAAACUUUUAGAUCUCACACAGGUUAGUGCCACUUUCCCUGCCUACAAUAUCUUCUCUCCCACUGUGAUUGACCUUGAUGCUGAAGGAGGUCAGUUGGAGAUUAUUAUGGGUACUUCUGCAGGAAGUCUUUUCAUAUUUAACCACGAUGGCUCUGAACGGAAAGGCUGGCCAGUCAGUCAAAAUACCAUUCAUGGACAGAUAACAGCUGCUGAUUUAUCUGGAGAUGGAGUUGUGAAGCUUAUAACCAUCGACACCAGUUCCAAUGUGAUAUGCUACAACAAGGAUGGCAGCAAAGUGUGGGAAUCCACUAUUUCUGGUACCUCAUCUCCAGGAAGUCGUCUGUAUGAUGUCAAUAAGGACGGGGUCCUGGAUAUCAUUAUUACAACAAAUGAUGGGUAUAUCUACGCACUAGAUGGAGUGGUGGGUACAGUGCUACCAGGCUGGCCGGUGUCUGUGGGAGCUCGCAUGACUGCCAAUGUUCUCAUCAUUCGAGUUUCCACCACCCAUUCCACUCCAGACAUGGUUGUUGUUGCAGAUGAUGGGUCAGUCCAUUUAAUAUCCAUGGAUCUGAAAUGUAAAUCACAGAUUCCCCUUGGAGAAACUUCAUUGGUCCAGGUCUUAUCACAUGAUUUUGUGAAAUGGUUUUCUGGGAUAGAGCUACUGGUUGCUACAAGUGAUGGCACAGUGAUUUGCUUGUCAACUGGACAAGAAUUAGCUGAAAUUCAGGAACCCACUGAUGAAUCUUUAAGAACGAAUCAUAUGUGGUCAUUGACAUCUGAAACAAAGACAGUGAAUGACUUCUCUUUUUCAGACAAAAAGCCAGGAUUGUAUGUGACACAGUACACCAAACAGCAACUGGAAGUCACUGGGGAGACCUUUCCUGUGGAGUUUGAAAUCAUUGACCCAGAUUACAAGAUAGGGAAAUCCAACUACUAUGUUGCUAUAUACUAUGGGAGACGCCUGUUGAUGCAGGGAGAAUUCCCAGAACCUAAGACAUACUACGUGUUUGCUCCUGCUGGAGAGGAGCCAAGUCAUGGUCAUGUGACUGUGAGGAUGACCAAUCAAUAUGGACAAGUAUUUGAGGACAGAUUCUCAAUUAGGUUCAACAAACUGAUAAUGGAGGACCUUCAGUGGUUGUUACUAGCCCCGUUUGUUGCCAUGAUAAUUCUUGUGUUAGUUCUUCACGGAUUUCCAGCAAAAGACUUGUUACCAUACACAAAUCAAUCCAAAAACAACUGACAAUAGGAGAAAUUAGUCCAUUGAGCAACUGAUUUUCAUGGGAUCUCAAAUUUAAUUUGCAUAUGUGUUAGAUAUUUAAAUGUGUAGCUAUUUCCAGAUGACAGUUUGGUGCGAUUGAGAUAAUAUUAUUUCUUACUGAAGCAGCAGAGUGUGAGGAGGUUGUGUUUGGUAUAAGUUCACUGACAUCAUUUAGAAACUACUUGUGGGUUUUUUUGUGUGACCACAUCACAAAAGAAUGGUCUGUGAUAGCAAGUCGUCAUGUGAACCUGAAGAGGCAGAUGAAUCGGUGAAACAAAAUGUGUUUAAUAAUCAAACUGUUUGAUUUUCAUGCCCCAGAACCUUUUAUUCUGGGAAUAUAAUGGUUGUUUUUGCCUUGUCUGUGUGUGUGUUUGUGGCUAGAACCAUUAAUAUUGGAUUUAACCUUUGAACUACAGUAUAAGUGAGAGGAUUUGAUAGAUAUCUGAUGGAUGUAGGUGGAAAGACCUUCCCAUCUGUCCCAUGUUUGAUGAUUGACCUACUUAUCAACAACUUUUAAUGCUGCCUAUAACUUUUGUUAUCAAGAGUGGGAGAACCCUUUUGAAUUGGGGGUGAAAAGGUCAAAUGUCAAGAUCACUACGGAACUUCAUAGAAAAGCUUAUAGACACUCUACAGGCCACAAUUUGCUCAAUUGAUUUGAUACUUAACAGGUAGCUUUGUUAUAAAAAAAAAAAAAAAAAGGGAAGAACCCUAUUGAUUUUUAACGCUGCCUAUAACUUUUGAACUGAAAGAUAUUUAGAAGGUGUAAUCCUUAACAAGGCCUUUCUAAUGAUACAACUUAAAGGCAACUACAAACAUAGGCUGUUCUAUUGGGAGGAGGGGGGCAUGCAUGUUUUAAAAAAAUCAAUGUUUUCAUGUGUCAUUGAGAUGUUUGUAAUAUAAGAGGAUGUAUGAGAGAAUAAAUUAAAUACAUGUAUAUACUUGUA